AUGAGUAGCGGAUUAUAUAAUUUCUCAAAUGAUAUCAGUAGUAGUAGCAGUGAAAGAGAUGAUUCAGAUGGAUUCAUAGUGCAAUCGACUGUCUAUCCGACAGCGUCGACCAACAGCGAUACCUCUGUUGGCUCACCAUCGACCUCCACCAGUGAUAUAGAUUAUCUAUUGCCAUCAUCAAAUGUCAAUAGUAAUAGUAGUAGUACAGUACAACAACCAUCACACCUACCACCACAAGUACAUCAAUCACCACCACCACAGCCACAAGCACAAGCACCACCUCCAGCAUAUUCAUUCUAUAUGCCACCAUCAUCACCAAAUCCAACACCACCACCACCAACAACAUCAUCAUCAUCUUCAGUAACCGGCCAAGCAACCUCUACUACAAGUCCACAUGCAUCUGUACAAUCACCUGUUCCAGCUCAAGUCACAUCUCCAACGCCAACACCAACUACAAAUCCAAUCAGUCCAACACCUGUUGUAGCUGUCCAAACACAAUCACCAUCUGCGACCACUACCACACCAUCGCCACCACAACCAGCCACCGUUACACCAACUACACCAACUACAUUACCAUUCUUCCAACAAUACAAGCAGCAACAACAACAACAGCAACAACAACAAUCACCUCCAGCAAUGUUCACUACUUCCACUACCACCAACAAUAACAACAAUAAUGUUGUAUUAAGUAAUCAAAUCACUGAACUUAUGAAAUUAGUUGAGAGUAAAUUUGAGAGUGUUUUAGAGAUUGUAAAUAAAUCCAAUGAAAAGAUAGCGAGUUUAGAAGAAAAGCUAAAGGUUGUAGAUCAGAAAUGUGAUCAACUCUUGGCUCAACCACAACAACAGCAACAACAACAACAGCAACAACCACCACAACUAGCACUACAGGGUCAACCACCACAACAACAACAACCAGCACAGGCACCACAGGCACAACCUCAACAACAACAACAACAACAAAUACAUCAAGUACAACAUACACCAUUUGGUAUGAUCAUUCCACAAAGUUUCCCCCCAACCUUCCCAGUACCAGAGGGUGCCGUUCCCGUCGGUGGCGCCGUCCAGAAUCCAGGUGGUAGCCAAGUGAUCCAUCCAUUCCAACCACCCAACACUCCACUCUACCCAGUAAAGUCACUCCAAUAUCAACCAAUGAGAUAUGAUCCACAGAAUCCACAACAACAACAACAGGCUCAACAACAACAACAACAACCUCAACAAUCACCAAGUUUAUCACAAACAUUACAACAACAACAACAACAGGCUCAACAACAAAGCAGUCUUACACAAUCACAAAUCGCUCAACAGCAACAACAAAACGGUCAGUUCAUGAAAGAUGCUCCUCCAAGCUUCCAACCAAAGUUUGCUCCACCACCAAUGCACUCAUACGGUGGAGGUUACCUGUACAUGCACCAACAACCCAAUACCUCGCAUUUGCCACCUGUAGUACAACCACCCCAACAACAACAACAACAGCAACCAUCACCACAGGUAUCGAAACCAACAGCAUCAUCACAGCCACAACAACAAAUGCAUGACUGUCCUUUCUGCUUCAAGAAAUUCUCAGCCAAUGAAAUUGAGACUCACGUCAAUCAAACUCAUAUCAAUGGUUAA